AGGAGAGGCCGGCCGAAGGCUAUCCAGCCUGGCAAUCGCGAGUGGGUCACGGUGAUCCAGGGAAUCAAUGCUGCUGGCUGGGCUAUCCCACCGUUCAUCAUCUUUGCUGGCCAGUACCACCUUUCUGCCUGUGAGAACAGCUGGACAACCAACGAGCUUGGAGUUGAGUGGCUGAAGCACUUUAUUAAGCAUACAGAUGGCAAGGUAGUUGGGGCGCGCCGGCUGCUGAUCCUGGAUGGCCAUGAGAGUCACCACUCUCUUGAAUUUCAGGAGCUCUGCAAGAAGAACAAUAUCUGCACGCUCUGCAUGCCGCCUCACUCAUCCCACCUGCUGCAGCCGCUUGACGUUGGCUGCUUCUCGCCGUUGAAGCGCGCGUACAGCCGCGAGAUUGAGGCGCUGAUCCGCCACCACAUCAACCACAUCACGAAGCUUGAAUUCCUGCCAGCAUUUAAGGCAGCGUUCAAUCAAUCGUUUACCUCAGCCAAUAUCUGCUCAGCCUUU